UUAUAAAUGGCCUCCCCACCCCCUGAUUGUGCGCGCUCCCUGGGAGAGUACAGCACCGCGAUCCCGUGCCCGCUGUGUCCUCCUGAUCAUAGUAGUAAGAAAGAUGUCACUUCUGACAUCAUUGCUUACUACGUGUGAAAUCUGUGAAUGAUCACAGAGGUCACAUGGUACAGGGCCAUUCACAACGGCCUUGUACCAUGUGACAAGCUGUGACCAAUCACAGCUCACACAGUA